GUGAUUCAGGGCUACAAUUCACACGAAUACGUCUCACACUCUGAACUGACGCCCGUGUAUCGCCCUUCCGUACACCCUCAGCAUCACCUUUUCAGAGAUAAAAUGUCAAUGCUAGCGCACUGCGGCCAAGCUCACACCGAUCGCUGGUGCACUUCGUGCAAGCAUAUGUUCAAGAACGAGAACAACCUCAUGCAGCACCUUCGUUCCGCCGUCCACCGGCCCGCCAGGUUCCCAUGCCCCAUGGAAGGUUGCGGAAGAUUCUUCAUUGAUCCCGCAGCGCUCGUUCUCCAUUAUGAGGCCGGGGCAUGCCCUUCCGGCCUGACGCGCAGCACGGUCAUUCGCGCAGUCGCAGAGCACGACACAGAGGGAGUCAUCACCAACGCCAACACCCUAUGCUACUGCCCGGAGGCUUACGGCGGAUGUGGGAGGGAGUUCCGUCUCUUAAGCUCCCUAUUUCAGCAUGUUGAGCAUGGACGGUGUGGGCUCGAUCGCUCGGCGCGCCAACUCAACGAAGUCAUCGAUGACGUUGUCAAAGGAAGGUUUGUAACUGCGUCUUGAUCCGUAUUAGCGAAUAAGAUACUAUGCAGACAAACUCGCUUGAUGCCUUUGCUCACAUAGCCAAUUUUACGCGUUGCGAGAUCUCUCUUACAAGCGCAGCGGACGCUCAUUCUCCAUAGCAGAAUAUCAGAUAUG